CCGAGCACCGCUUGAGAAGGGGGUGGUUGUCCAUAGGAUACAGUCCAACCAUCACAACUUUCGCGUUAAUUUCUGAACUGUGAUUAAAAAAAGUCCACAACUUUGUCAUUCAGUCGACAGUCGAAGGGAUCGUAUCCCCUUAAUUGCCAUUUCGAAAUCAAUCACACCUAUCGUAUUUUGCAUAUGUCAUGUCGUGACAUUAAAUUCAACAGUGUCGCCGGAAAUAAUAUGUGAUAAAAGGUAUUCGCGAUAUCUCUCCACGCAAGACCAACGGUCACAUUCGCGAGACAAACGCUCCGAGAUGCUGUUAAUACGUUACAAGUCGGAGCGGUUGAGCUAUGAGUUUGCGUAAUAGAUCUGAUAGUGAUCUAGUCACUUCAACAUGUAAACUCUGGAUUAUGGAGAAUUGACGAUCAUCCCCCGAUUAUUAUUAAAUCAAAGCAUUUUUAUAUUCGGUUAGUGUUUAUUUUCUGUUCUCAUCUGUUCUGCCUCUUGUGUCUCUAAAAAUAAGAGAGUUUACAGUCGAUGCGUCAGUGAAAUCAGCAACAAAGUGCCUUUGUGAGACAAUAAUAAUAAUAAUCGCUGAUAGAAGCAAUACAAUGAGCGCGUAAUUUUUCCAAUUGGUUAUGUUUUCGUUUUAAUUUUCAUUUCACUCUGCAUUUGACAGCAACAAAUAUCAUUUUUCAUGUCUCAACACAUCGUGACAUGUUUCGAUAGUGAAGUUUAGGGAGAAAUUGCUGUUUAAUAGUGCGCGUACACAUUUUUUUAAUAAAAAUACAUAAAUGCAUAAAUUAAGGUUACCUGUCAAGGUUGAAUUGCCCUCGGCGUUAACAAGGAUGGUAUUGGAUCACAAGGCGAUAACUUUGCACAGUGAUUACGGAAGUUUCGAUAGACCAUUGGCUAACGGUGAGGGACACGAGAAGGACGUUGAGGCCGCUGUUGAUGGGAGCACCAGUGGAAUGGCCCAAUCUAGUGACGUUUAUCAAAGGCAACCAUUACUUCCUGGUGCACCAACUAAAGGAAAAGACAGGUGGGGCGGCGUUGGCUCGAAUUCAGAUUAUUAUGAGGAUGAGAAUGAUAAAAUAGAUAGCAUUGGACAUCCUCGGGCAGGCUUGGAGAAUGGCAGUGGCAUUGUCAAGCUUGAUAUUCCCGCACCACUUCGGGAGGAACCACGGUUUCCCAAGGAGAAAUGGAAAACUCUCGUCGCAUUUCUCUUUUUGGUACUCAACUUUAUCCUCACAACAACAUCACUUGCUAUGGUACAUGAUCGAGUACCAGAUAGAAAUGUUUAUGGUCCAUUGCCUGACAUUGUUCUGGAUAAUGUUGAAGCACAAGAUUGGGCACUCACUGUGUCUGAGGUUCUCAUAGUGAUUGGGUCAAAUUCAGCUAUGCUUCUUAUUAUAUUUCAUAAACACCGAUUCAUCGUAGUCAGACGGAUAUUUUUGGUGAUGGGUUUGUUGUACAUGAUGAGGAGCAUCACAUUCUAUGUAACAGCCUUACCACUGUCUAGUAAAACAUACUACUGUAGUGACAAAGCGAAUCAUACAACUCCUCUGAUCAUCACAAAACGCGUUCUCCAACUGAUGUCUGGUUUUGGUCUUGUGAUAAAUGGAAAGCAUACGUACUGUGGUGACCUUAUUUUUAGUGGACACACAGUUAUCCUCGUACUUUGCUACCUGAUUAUCAAGGAGUACUCUCCGAAGAGGUGUCAACCGAUCCACUGGCUCGUUGGGAUAACAUCUUUCAUUGGCGUUAUUAUGAUUUUAGUCGCUCAUGGACACUACACUGUGGAUGUCAUUAUAGCUUACUGGGUCACCACGAGACUGUGGUAUAUUUACCAUACUAUGGCUAACAAUGUACAAUUGAAGCAAUACGGACCAAACAACUAUUUGGCGAGACUCUGGUGGUUUCCACUGUUCAAGUAUUUCGAGAAAAACGUAGGUGGAGUUGUACCACGACAAUACGACUGGCCUCUCCCUUGGCCUCGACGGUUUCUUGCCAAGCAUCCCAAUCGGGAUAGUUAAUACUCGUCCCAGCUUCGUAGUUAUCUUACAGCUCUGUAAUAGGACAUUUUUCCCCGGUUCUGUGUGAAUUUGUACAUUAGGUAUCGUAAACACAUGGAAAAUAGAUCAAUGGGGAGUGAGGGGGACCUCUGAGGGGGGAGAGGGAGCCUGUUGUUCACAGCCGAAAACCAUUUCACUUGUAGAAAAAAUAAUAGUUUCAAAGGUAAUUGCCCAUCUCAUCGUUUCUAUAUACAUCUGCUCGAUCUACCGAAAUUCCCGAUUUUUUCGUUUGCCAAAGCCUCUGGAUUACAACUCAGGCGAAUUUAAUAUGUUCUUUAUGUGUUCACACACGAUGUUGAAGCAUUCAUGGGUUCUUUAGGAGAAUUUUUCCAGUGAUGUUGGAAAAUUUAUCCAAUUGUAAUUAAUAAGUUGAGGGUGAAAAUUGAAUGUUAAAUGCAAUGCUAAUUGGAAUAAUUAAUCUUGGUAAAAAUAUGAGAAAUUUCAUUAGCCUUUUGUUAUGCUCUCUAUUGAGUAUUUAUAAUAAAAUUUCCGUAACUUCGGCCUCUAAAACUCCUUUAUUUUUAUAAUUAUCAAUGAGACAAUGAUUUGUUGAUUUUUUUUAAAUAAACAGCAGAAGGAUGCGAAUAGUAGAUCGUGGAAUUUCGUGGGACCAAAAAGAAAUAAUAAACAUACUGGAGCACUGUAAUUUAAAGAAAAUCGUGCAUCAAUGGAAUUAGAAAAAAGAGGAUAAAAUAUACGCAAUAAAUUAGACACAGAUGGUCAGAGAUGCUUGACAAAUGCUUAGAGGCAUUUGAAAUCGAUGUCAAUCUCACAAACUCGUUCUUUGUCAAUGUCUUUCAAAGUCCUUGUUACCUGAUGGUUGAAUGGUAGAAACACCGCGUGAGGUUUCUAUCGUCUACUUCAAUUUACUUCAAGAAGAACAUUAGAUCAGAAAAAACUGAAUAGAACGAAGGAAAGUGAAAUGACAGUGAAUUACAAAAUUCUUACUCCAUCGUUGUGUCGUAGUUUGUUUAAUCACGGGGGAAAGAAAUACUUGCCACACGUCAUUUCAUUACAAAAACUAGGGGAAUUUGUACUCUUUUGAGAUGCCCAGGAGAUGAAAAAUGUGAAAUUUCAAUUACAAUUUAUAAGGGAAUACAAAAAAUUUCUAAAACAAAUAUACAGACUGGAAAGUAGGAGAAUUGGCCCUAACAAUUAUUUCCCCGCCGAUUUUAAUGGAGAGUGGGGAAAAAUGGGUCAUUAUUCAGGCACAACACAGAGGAAAAGAAUUCUACUCUUCAAAAAAAAAACAAUUGGUCCAUUUGAUCAGAAUUUUAAUGAAUUACUGAGUCAAAAAAAAUACCACUUGUCCAUUUUGCCUCACUCCCCUCUACAGUAAUAAUUUCGAGACCACAACUAGCACAACUCGCAAUCUCGCGGUUAUUGUGAAUAGCUCCUCCAGAAUAAAAAAAAAUAUAUACAUGUGUAAUGAUUUUAAGUAUAUAUUUUUCAUAAAUUGACUACAUGAGAUUCAUGGAAAAUUAGAUAGGAGUCCAACCUUGGAACGACUUGAUUAUUCAACGCCAACAAUGGAAACAUAAUGUUGCUUAACUAUUUACGUUUAUUAUACACAUAUUCUGUAUAUAGUCCUUUUGAAAAGAUAAUAGGAGAAUCUAUAUUACGUCUACGGUGUAAGCUUAGUUGGAGAUGUCCGCACUAUACUCUAUUGUGUACUCAAACGCAUUCGUUCCUCCCAGAUUGUGAAUUUCUCGGAUUCGUGUGAGAGAGGAUGGUUAAUUGAAGUGUUUAGUACUUUUAGCCGAGGAGUGGUGAUGAGAAAGUGUGAUGAUUCGUCUGCGAGGGUUUUAUAAACAAUGUCGAGACGGAGUAUUUUAUCUAUGAAGUAGUGAUGCCACACGAGAAAUGAAAAUUUUGAGGCUGAAAAUGAAGUGAAUUAGAAAGCGAAUAAUUUUCAUCCUCAGGAUUUUUUACUCUUUUUUUAAACAAAAGAGAUAUUUUCCUGUUGUACAUGAGGAGCAAGAGGACAAAAGGAUUGUGAUUCUUGUUUUCUUGUCUUGUGGCAACACUUCUCUGAAGGAGGUUUUAAGUAAUAAAACACCUUUCGAUAAUGAAGCUUAAACUAGCGAAAGAUUCGCCAAAAGAAGAUUCGAUCUAGGGGAAUCACCCUCGGGAAUCCCCAAAAGUAAACUUUUCGCUGACGAAUAUUCCGCCGAUUUCAGGCUCGUCCUUCAAUUAAUAUAAAACAAGUUACACACUGAUAUAAAUGUGUUUAUAUACGGUUUAUUAUAUGUAAAAAUAUGGGUGUUACUAUUCUAUACAACACGUUAAGCUUUAAGUCGGUAUAUUUAUGCACAUCUUUCGAGCAAUAAAAUGUCGGAGUUGCUUUCUCUCAACACAAGAGCUUCGUUGGUGUUUAAAUGAAUGAGAGAAAAAAUAACAUAAAUAUAGUGAAGAAAAGAAGUAAAGAAAUUUGUAAUCUUUAUGAGUACAUCGACGUGUUCUCUCGCGUGCGUAUGUUUGUAAGAUAACAAUAACUAUAUUUUUACGUGUAGAUAUUUUUUUGUAAAAUUGUUACUAUGAUAUGUCUAGAUAUAGAGAAUUUGUUCAUGUUGUAUAUAUGACUUGAAUAGCUGAUGAGCUUGGUCAUAAUGCGAUCAUUGUUUCUCGAAAUUCAAGAAACUGACUCUCUGAUUCUGGAUUAUAGUGUCGAUUUGGAUAGCUUUUUUCUAUUGAUGAGUUUUGUAAAGGCAGAAUUAUUGUACAACUUUUAUUUUCCACAGCUAAAGAACUCUAGGUAAUUUUUCAAAAUUUGGCAACUAUUGUUACCAAAAUACACGGUAAAUAUUCAAGUUCUCAACCUAUUUUUAUGAUUUAUUUGCAUUGUAAUGCUUACUGAAAGACAAGAUUGAAGAGGAAUGUAUAAUUUCUGGAAAUACACUGUUGAAGAAAAAAA